CGGACCCUACGACCGGGGCGGGACUUCCGGCAAGGCGCGGAAGCGGCGGUAGUGGCAAGUGGAGAAGUUGUGUGGCUGACGGAUGCAGGCGGUGAGGCACGUCGUGUGUGCCCUGUCCGGUGGCGUGGACAGCGCCGUGGCCGCGCUGCUGCUGAGGCGAAGAGGUUACCAGGUGACAGGGGUGUUUAUGAAGAACUGGGACUCACUGGAUGAACAUGGGGUGUGUACUGCCGACAAAGACUGUGAAGAUGCUUACAGAGUUUGCCAGAUCUUAGACAUCCCUUUCCAUAAAGUGUCCUACAUAAAGGAGUAUUGGAACGACGUGUUCAGUGAUUUUUUGAAUGAGUAUGAAAAAGGAAGGACUCCCAAUCCUGACAUAGUUUGCAACAAGCACAUCAAAUUCAGUUGCUUUUUUCAUUAUGCUGUGGAUAAUCUUGGGGCAGAUGCCAUUGCCACAGGCCACUACGCAAGAACUUCACUGGAAGAUGAAGAAGUCUUUCAGCAGAAGCACAUUAAGAGGCCAGAAGGGCUUUUCCGAAAUCGGUUUGAAGUUAGGAAUGCGGUAAAACUCCUCCAGGCAGCUGACAGCUUUAAAGACCAGACCUUCUUUCUCAGCCAGGUUUCCCAGGAUGCCCUGAGGAGAACCAUCUUCCCUCUGGGGGGAUUAACAAAAGAGUUUGUAAAGAAAAUCGCUGCUGAGAAUAGACUUCAUCAUGUGCUUCAGAAGAAAGAGAGCAUGGGUAUGUGUUUCAUCGGGAAGAGGAAUUUUGAACAUUUCCUUCUUCAGUAUUUGCAGCCUCGACCUGGUCACUUUAUUUCCAUAGAAGACAAUAAGGUUCUGGGAACACAUAAAGGUUGGUUCCUGUAUACCUUGGGCCAGAGAGCGAACAUCGGUGGCCUGAGAGAGCCCUGGUAUGUGGUAGAGAAGGACGGCGUCAAGGGCAAUGUGUUUGUGGCUCCCCGGAGGGACCACCCAGCCCUGUACAGGGACCUGCUGAGGACCAGCCGCGUGCACUGGAUCACGGAGGAGCCGCCUGCAGCGCUGGUCCGGGACAAGAUGAUGGAGUGCCACUUCCGAUUCCGCCACCAGAUGGCACUAGUGCCCUGCGUGCUGACCCUCAAUCAAGAUGGCACCGUGUGGGUGACAGCUGUGCAGGCUGUGCAUGCCCUUACCACAGGACAGUUUGCUGUGUUCUACAAGGGGGAUGAGUGCCUGGGCAGCGGGAAGAUCCUGCGGCUGGGGCCGUCCGCCUACACACUCCAGAAGGGCCAGCACAGAGGUGGGGUGCCCAUCGAGAACCCCAGUGAUGGCCCAGAAGAUGGCCCAGGCCUGCGUCCCUUGCCCUGACAGAGACGGAGCUGCUAGAAGGAACCUGGAGAGCAGGCCCAGGGCUGGGUGGCUGGUGAGCAGUCCAGGUCCCCAAGGGCCCAGCUUACUGCUGCCCAAAGCAGAGGAAGCCGGGCUGGUUAAGGGUCCGAAAAGCCUGCAGGGGCCUCGGCGAGCCCCAGGAAGAGCCUCACCUCCAGGCUGGGGCUCUGGCUGCCAGAGCAUCUGCUGACUGGUGGGGUGGCCCGAGUUCCCCUUCACCACCCCCAGGGAGGGUUUCCCACCUCAGAGCACACAGAGGGGACCUGCAGGGGGAGCUGCAGGGACAGUGUGGAAUAAACAUUCUUUCAAGGACA